AUUGGAAAAAGUUAAAACUAACUCAGCAUUACGUCAAGAGAAUUUACAGUAACCACGUCCAUAUUCCUUUGAGGUGAUCAAUUCCUGAUUACUCGCCGACAAUAAAGUGCAAAAUGACUACAAAGCCAGCAACAAUAUCACUGGGCAUAAGUGGCCGCAUUGGUAGUAAAAGUAACAGCAGCACCGCCUCCUUUACCGCCCGCCCUGCACAUAUCGCCCAGCCGUCGCCAACACUUGCGAAGCGUGGACAUUUCCGGUCCGCAUCGUUGGAGAAUGGCAACUCCUUCACAGCGAAAGGCACAGUUGGCUUACCAGCUUCUGUGGGAGGACAGCAACAGCAACAGCAACCGACAACGGCGAUGGUAAAUCACACUGGCACGCUGAAGUCGCGCAAUGAGCAAAAGCGCUUGCGUGGACAGAAAUUCGGCAGUCACAGUAGUUUGGACCAGGACGCGAUGCCCGGUGCAGGGCGGACAAAGUUUCAGAAUAUACGCCAAAUAUUUGAGAUAACCAAAAAGCGCACCUUUGGUGGAGGGGGAGGAGAAAAAACGGCAGGAAAAAAGGCAGUUGGCACUGACGAUGUGGUAGAUGGCAAUAGAGAUAAUCAGCGAUUACACCUUCCACAGUCUGCCACAACAUCUGUCGGCGCCGCAGCCACGGCCACAGCCGCAGCCGCCGGCGUCCCAUCCGCCCUCAUGUCAACCUCGAUGCCGAGCCUGCAAUUGCGCCAACAGACGCAACAACAACAGCAAUUACAGCAGCAGCAACAGCAGCAACAAUUUCACGCUGCCUAUCAGCAGCAUCCACAGCUUGUGCGCAAGCCCACGCCGACUCUGACGGCCGGCAACGGAAGCGGAAAUCGCAGCAGUUAUUCGGAAAUGAGUGAACGUCUGAGUAUUUCGGAGAGCAUGGGCGUCGGAGGCGCUAAAACAAAUGGUAAUGCAUUGGAUGCGAAACAAAAAUUACGACUCCAACAUCAGCUGCAGCAACAACAACAACUGGUGCAACAACAACAUCAGCUUCAGCAGCACUUGCAGGCGCAAAGACAACACUCGCAGCCCUCAAUGGGUCAACAGGCGCACCUACAUCUACAUCAACAGCAGCAGCAGCAAAAACAAACGCAACAACAACACCAGCAGCAUCUACAACAAAUACAACAACAACAACAGCAGCAGCGCAGUUCCGACGGCGACGUCAUGGCACACUUGCCACAGAUUUCAGCUGCAAUAAGUCAAACGGCAACAACAGUGCAUGGCACUGCUAGUGGUGUUGGUGGUGGUGGAGAAACCACCGAACAGCCAAAGGCAGCAGCAGCGCUCACAUCAACUACAUCAACAACAAUAACGACGGCGACAACAGCAACAGCAACACCAACUUUGUCUGUGAUGACGUCGUAUGAAAACCUUUUACGCCCCAUUGCCUUCAAGCCAAUCCCCUUCGAGCCGGACUACAGCAUACAGAAUGGCCGAUAUGUGGCUGGUGGCGAUGCGAUUGCACCGGGGACAACGGCGGCAACUGCUGUGGGCGAUCGUUACGGCUCAACGCCAUCACUUGCUGCAGCUCAGGGUUCAAAUGCGAUGCGUUUUGGCAGCACGUCAGAUUUGCGCCAUGGUGGCGCUGGCGUUGGUGGUGUUUGUGGCAGCGUAGGUAAUGGUGGUGGCGUUGGCGCUGCAACUGGCGGCAUUGCUGUUGGCGCUUAUUCAAGCAAUAAUUAUUGCAACAGUCUUAUGGCGCGUCGACGUGGCUCCAGAUCGUUGAAAAUCAACGAUAGCAUGGAAUCGAUUCGGCAUACACCAGACUCGGAUGCGAAUAGCCAAAGUAGCACAAUUAAAUCGACUGCUAGCAACAACAACAAUAUCAACAACAAUGCAAAUGCCAUAAACAGCAAUGGGUUUUGUGGCGCAAACGGCUUUGGUUGCAUUGGCGUGGGCAGCACAGCUGGCAGUGGCAGCAACUCGCACAGCAGCAACAAUGGUUGUGCCGGUGGCAAGUACCUGCUGAGCGAGCAGUGCGACAUGACACCUUCACCAUCCGACUCGGGCAUAUCAGACUUGGAGGCAGCGCUUAAGGAUCGCGAUUCGGAACUGUCCUAUUUGCGUCAAACAAUGGAACACAAUGAGAAAGUAAUAUUCAGAGUACAAAAGGAUAAAGAGAAUUUCUGGGAACAAGAGACAAAGCGUUUGAAGGCAUACUAUGAGGCUCAGCAGCGCGAAUUCCUGCUUAAGAUGAAAAAAAUGGAACAAAUGUUGGCAAUGCAACAAUUCCAAUUCAAACAACACAAGCUGAGACAGACAGAACAAACGAAUAAGCUGAGGGAACAGUUGGCCGAUUUGAAAAAUGACAACGAGAUACUCAGGAGUACCAAUAGCAGCCUAAAGAACUCAGAGCGUAAUCUAAAAGACAGCGUCGCCUAUAUUGAAGAACAGCUGCGCGAAUCGGAGAAUACCAUUUCCGGUAUAAAAGCACAGCUAGAAGAGAGCGAGUGGAAAGUUUGCGAACGUAAUGGGGAACUCGCUUUGCUCAAGUCACAGCUGAAAGAGGCUAAUGUGGAGAUCACAAUGAAAGAGCACGCCAUUGUGCAUCUACGCCACGAAAACACCAAUGCCGAAACACAAAUUUACGAAAGCUUGCAGGAGAACCAUAAAAUGACUAAACAACAAAAGCAAGUCGAGCAGCAGCAGGCACGCACCGACAAACAAUCCGAAACAGAACUGAAGCAAUUGAACAAAAUCAUCAUACUCAAGGAUCAAGUAAUACUCGCGCUCACCAACGAGUUGGCCAAGCUGCGCAAAGAGCUAUCUGACUUGGCGAUAUUUCAGGAAUACGGGGAGGAACCAUCCGGACGCUUUAUACGCCUCAAGCAACAACUGGAUAACUUAACCGACAUUUGUAAUCGCACACGCCGCCAUGCGUGCAAAGCCGAUGCGAGUGCAGCCGCGCCAAAGGAAAAGGUCAUCGAUGACACAAAUCUGGAACUGAUUAUAAAUAGUCUCAAAAUAGCGCCACCACUCGACGAUACCGAUGAGAGUGAGAAUGAACGGGACCAAAGUAAGCUGUGCGCUGAGAAGCGUUUAGCCAAGAUGUCUACGGAUAUUCAGAACUUUGUCUACGGCACACAAAACCUACCCGACAUCGCUAUGAAUCACAAGCCACUGAAGUACUCGCAUUCCAAUCCGAACAAACUGGAGGAGUCAACGCUGGAUACAUUGAUCGAAGAGUCGGCGAGCUAUGCGCAGGAGAUCGGCAAGUUGCGGAAGCAGCUGGAUGAUGUGCGAGUUAAUUUCGAGCUGGAGAAGCGGCAGUGGUGUGAGGAGCGUGAGAAAGUGUUGAAUUACCAAAAACAACUGCAGGCUCACUACAUUAAUAUGUAUCAGAAACUGCGCAGCUUGGAGGGCUCCAAUGAGGUUUAGCUGCUAAUUGAGGAAAGGAAAGCGGACAGACAUAGGAAAUUUGUUAGGUUGCAAAGUGAAUGGCAAUAGUUUAUUUAAUAUAUUGUUGUUGUAAUUUUAAUGCAAUCACAUAUUGCAAAAGCUAUUUUAUCAUAAUCCAUAAAUAUCUAUUUAUUAAAAAUGUUAUAUGCACUUGAAGAAAAACAUGAAAAAAGCAAAUGGUAUCGAAGUGUAAACAUUCCGUCGCACUAAAAAUGUAGAUUCGAUAUACUGCAUUUACAUAUUUCAAAUAAAAUUUAAUUUUCAUACGUCAAUAAUUGAUAUUUUCGUAAAUUAACGCAAUGCCACAGCCCCACC